AUGACCAAUUCUGAGGACUAUUUCUAUCAUUUAGCCAUAUAUACAACAGUAAUCAGUUCGGUAACAAUUAUUUUGGUGGUAUUUGCAAUUCCAACUAUUUAUUUGAAAGCUGAGGAAGAAUAUUCAAUAAUGGCUAUGAAAUCAAAUCGUUUUAAACUAUUCGAAAUAAUUAAGAUAUUUGAGCACAAAUCGGAUAAAAUAUGGAUGGAAAUUAAAUCGGUACGUGAAGAAUCUGGACUACCAACUAUUCUCCGAAAUCGCCGUUCACCUUCACAAUUCUAUCUUAGAAGUAAGCAAACAGUAUGUUCGGGAUGUACACAACUUGGCUGCCUGGUAGGACCACCUGGUUUGAGUGGUGCUCCCGGUGAAGAUGGGGUACCGGGAAUUUCUGGCAACCCUGGAUUAGCUGGUGAAGAUGGUUACGAUGUAGAACUUACUCCGGAAGAUGACCUCCCAUGUAUAAUUUGUCCAGCUGGUCCUCCUGGCCAAAGAGGGUUUCAAGGUGAACGUGGACAACUUGGGCCAUCUGGCCAGAGUGGAGAACCAGGUUCACCAGGUAAUCCAGGAAAACGUGGACCUAUGGGCCAACCCGGUCCUCCAGGAGGAAAUGGCCUCAGAGGUCCUAUGGGUCAUGAAGGGAAUCCCGGCAAUACAAUUGUAUCUGGUUAUGGAGUAAAAGGGCCAAAAGGCCCGCCUGGUCCUCCUGGACCCAAAGGACCUAUGGGACCAAGAGGCAAAUCUGCUAAAGAAUCAGGCUCUGAUGGAAAACCAGGAAACUUUGGUCCGCCUGGAAUGUCUGGGCGUCAUGGGAAACAGGGAGAAGUCGGUUCUUUUGGACCACCGGGAGAACCAGGCCAACCAGCAUCCUACUGUCCAUCAGAUUGUGGUGUAACACAAAUAUUGGCAUCACCAUCAAACAAAAUAUUACCAGUGUUAAAGAGGUAUACCCAAGAGAGCACAGUAUAUGAGUAG